UGUUCCUUGCACCUCUCUGCUUUGCCCUCUUCCCUGACAGCUGCAGGCAUGGUCAUCAGCCUUCCCCGAGGACCUGGUCCUCCUCUCCCUGUUCCUCAGCCCCUGCUUUUCUAGCUCUGACUCCUCUCUGUCAGUUUUGCCGGCAUGCAGAGCACCAGUGCCCGUGUUUCCACGUGCGCCCAGCACCUCUCCUCCCACCCAAGCCACAGGUGCCGGCCCUCCUCCACCCACCCCGCUGCCCUCUCCGUUUCAGGGCUCCCUGCGCUUCCCUGAGACCCAGCUCUCUCCUUCCCUGACACACUUUCCCAGUUACCAGCCCUCCGUGUGCCACGCCAGCUCUUACACGGCAGACACCCGAUGUGAGGAGCCUCCCCUCUCCUCCGCGCUGCUCGCCGAGAGGCGGCUGCCCCUUCCCAAGCGCCUCCGAGGGGCCUGCCCCCAUGCGCGCGUGAGGGCAGACAGCAGAGACGUCAUGGAAAUGCACGCUCCGGGCCCGAGGACAUGGAGAAUUCAAUAGGUUGCUCUGCAGGCUGGAGAGGGAGGGAGACACCAGAGGGGAGUGAGGGAGAGAAGCGGUGCUGCGCGCGGAGCCAGGCUGUCCCUGGGCAGCCAGCGACAGACCCCGCGGCACAGCGAGGAUCCCGCUCCCGAGGAGCCACUGGGGCAGCCCCCGCAGGAACAUCCCUGGGUGGAAAUAUCCUUUCCAGGACCCGGUCAGUCUGCAGGGGCUGCUGCAGCCAGCACCUUCAUGCCCCGUGCCCAGGGGAGCGAGGCACCGGGGCUGGCCCCAGGGCUCCGGUGAAGCCCUCGCGGGGCAGCUCGCCUUCUGCGCUUCAGCCUGGCUACCCCAGCCCCUGCCCUGAAGGUGAGUGGCUCAUGGCGCCUGACCCCUGACCUUCGCAAGGACAAAAUGACAACCCCGCAGGAGGGAGAGGAGGCAGCGAGGGAAUCGGAAGGGGGCAGCAGCCCUGAGGUAGCAAUGAGCACCUGCAUUCGCAACUCGCUCGGCUAUGAAGACUUGGAUGAAUUUGCCUUCAAUUUUGAAGACUAUGAUUUAUGGGAGGCCAUCAGAAACCAUCUGGGCUACCCAGGCGGGGAGCCCACCUGCCACCGUUUUGAAGAUAACCCUGGUGUGAGGAGGCAUCUGAUGAAGAAACCGUCUCGGAGCCAGAUCACCAGGACAAGCAAAAAAUUAGCAUCAACCCCAUCUGUCAAGAAAAAGAAGAAGAAGAAGAAGUUGGAUAGAAAGCCUCAUGAGGUUUUUGUGGAGCUGAACGAGCUGGUGGUGGAUAAGAAUCAGGAGAUGCACUGGAGGGAGACAGCCCGCUGGAUCAAGUUUGAGGAGGAUGUGGAGGAGGACACAGCAAGGUGGGGGAAACCCCACGUGGCUUCACUGUCCUUCCGUAGCCUGCUGGAGCUCAGGAAGACAAUUGCCCAUGGUGCCGUCCUUCUCGACCUGGAGCAGACCACGCUGCCUGGCAUCGCUCACCUCAUGGUGGAGACCAUGAUCAUCUCCGACCAGAUCAGGGCGGAGGAUCGAGCCAACGUGCUGCGUGCCCUGCUGCUCAAGCACAGCCACCCGAAUGAUGAGAAAGAGGGCUUCUUUCCAAGGAACCACUCCAGCUCCAGCAUGAACUCCAUUGUGGGGAACCACCACCACAACCACACCACGGACACCUGCGUGCCCCUCAUGGGGGAGGAGCGCAUUGAGAUGGCUGACCCUAAGGCCCACGAGACCGAGUGCAAGGAGAAAAACCUGCAUCUCCAUAACUCUGAGGGGCACCGUAAAUACCUGAAGCUGAUGGAGAAGAUUCCUGAAGAUGCAGAGGCCACAGUGGUUCUCGUGGGUUGUGUGCAGUUCCUGGAGCAGCCAACUAUGGCCUUUGUCCGACUAAAUGAGGCCGUCUUCCUGGAAUCUGUCUUGGAGGUCCCAAUCCCUGUCAGAUUCAUCUUUGUGCUGCUGGGACCGAGCCAGGCCAACAUGGAUUACCAUGAAAUUGGCCGGUCGAUCUCCACCCUCAUGUCCGACAAGCACUUCCACGAGGCUGCGUACAUGGCAGAUGACCGUCAGGACCUCCUCAACGCAAUCAAUGAGUUCUUGGACUGCAGCAUUGUCAUCCCCCCAUCAGAGGUGGAGGGCAAAGACUUGCUCAAAUCCAUUGCCACCUUCCAGAAGUUGCUGCUAAGGAAGAGGAAGGAAAGGGAGCAGAAGUCCAUGAAAGAGGGGGAUGUCCAGGAAGCCAAAGAGCUGUGUGAAGUGAAAGCUGAGGAAGAGGAGGAGGAAGCUGAGGACGACCCUUUGAAGCGGACUGGAAUAUUUUUUGGAGGUCUGGUUCGGGACAUAAAGCGCAGGUACCCCAAAUACCUCAGUGACAUCAGAGACGCCUUGCACAGCCAGUGUCUCGCGGCCGUUCUCUUCAUCUACUUUGCUGCUCUCUCUCCUGCCAUCACCUUCGGGGGACUCCUAGGAGAGAAAACUGAGGGUCUCAUGGGGGUCUCCGAGCUGAUAAUCUCCACCUCGGUUUUAGGGAUCCUCUUCUCCCUGCUUGGAGCCCAGCCGCUCCUGGUCAUUGGCUUCUCAGGGCCUCUGCUGGUGUUUGAAGAAGCUUUUUACAAGUUCUGCCAGACACAAGGCAUUGAGUAUCUGACAGGCAGAGUGUGGAUUGGUUUGUGGCUCAUCGUCUUCAUCUUCAUUAUUGUGGCAGCUGAGGGAAGCUUCUUGGUGCGCUACAUCUCGCCCUUCACCCAGGAAAUCUUUGCUUUCCUCAUCUCCCUCAUCUUCAUCUACGAGACCUUCUACAAACUGUACAAGGUGUUUGCAGAACAUCCUCUGCUGAAGUUUUACCCACCGAACGUGCAGAGCAGCCUGAAUGCCAGCAUGCUUUCCGCGGAUGCAAUGUCACUGGGAAUUAGGAUGCAGCCCAAUACUGCCCUCCUCUCCCUCAUCCUCAUGCUGGGCACCUUCUUCAUUGCCUUCUUCAUGCGCAAGUUCAAGAACAGCCGUUUCUUAGGAGGAAAGGCUCGGCGGAUCAUUGGAGACUUUGGGAUCCCCAUCUCAAUCCUGGUCAUGGUGCUGGUGGAUUACACCAUCACAGAUACGUACACGCAGAAGCUGAAUGUCCCGUCUGGCCUGUCGGUCACAUCUCCUCACAAGCGUGGUUGGUUCAUUCACCCCAUGGGCAGCAGUGGGACCUUUCCAUUGUGGAUGAUGUUUGCCUCUGCCAUCCCUGCCCUCCUGGUCUUCAUCCUUAUCUUCAUGGAGACGCAGAUCACUACGCUGAUUGUGAGCAAAAAGGAGAGGAAGCUGCUGAAAGGCUCUGGCUUCCACCUGGACCUGCUGCUCAUUGGCACGAUGGGGGGGCUCUGUGCCCUCUUUGGGCUGCCCUGGCUGACCGCAGCAACCGUGCGCUCUGUCACCCACGUCAACGCCCUGACGGUCAUGAGCAAGGCCAUUGCACCCGGGGAGAAGCCCAAGAUUGAGGAGGUGAAGGAGCAGCGUGUGACAGGAGUGCUUAUUGCCGCCCUCGUCGGCCUGUCCAUUGUGAUGGGGAACAUGCUGCGGCAGAUCCCGCUGGCUGUGCUCUUUGGCAUCUUCCUCUACAUGGGGGUUACAUCCCUCACCGGCAUCCAGCUCUACGAGCGACUGCUCCUGAUCUUCAUGCCAUCCAAGCACCACCCUGACCACAUCUACGUUGUUAAGGUAAAGACCUGGAGAAUGAAUCUCUUCACCUGCAUCCAACUGGCCUGCAUUGUGCUGCUUUGGGUGGUGAAAUCGACAGUGGCAUCCCUGGCCUUCCCCUUCGUCCUGAUCAUGACAGUGCCGUUGCGACGCUUCGUGCUGCCCCGCUUCUUCCACGACAGGGAGCUCAAAGCCUUGGACUCCGAGGAUGCGGAACCAAACUUCGACGAGGACGGCCGGGAUGAGUACAACGAGCUGCACAUGCCUGUGUGAGCUGGGGCCUGCCGUCCCCACGCGCAGGACAGCUGCUCACGCCUGCUCGUCACUCCCGAGGACUAACUGGAGACUUGCCGUGAGCCAUGCAGCCUUGCCUGGACCAUCAAAUGGCUGUUUCAUAGCCCCCAGGAGGCAGCCCUGGCUCCUGCUGCCCCAUCACUCGCUCGGCAGAAGCUGUGAGUCUCUCUCUUUUCGGACCUGGUGGGCCGAGAGAUGCCUCUCACACCCCGAAGCGGUGUGGUUGCAGAGUGCCCGUGGGUCAGGGGGCUGCCCACUCCCUGCUGGAGGCAGCCCGCGCUCAGUCUGCAGGCGGUGAAGGGGAGCCCUGCCAGCUGGUCCCACUGUGUCCCACUCCACUCCCACGAAGCUUGGGUGUCGCAGCACCACGCACCAUCGAGCAGGCACGGGGACAGGCCAGUGGAUGGCCAGCGGGCUCCUCGCAGGCUGGGCAGUGAGAGCAGCCUCCAUGCUCAGCUGGGCAGAUGCCUUCCUCCUGCUCCCUCUGCCUUCACAGCCAAACUGCCAUCCCACGCACCCUCCUGAGCCUGGGGCUCCCUGGGAGGCGCUGCCACCUCAGUGUGUGCCCGAGUACACAGGCGAGGAGGGACCAGUGCUCUUCUUCGGCCAGCACAGCUCCCCCUGCACCAGUGGGACAGGCACUUUCUGGGCCCCGAUGUCUUGCAGAUGAGGGGUGCUCUGCAGGCCCCAUCCUCUAGGCCUUCAUCUGCCCGGUCACCCUCCCACAGGACUCGUUUCCACUCUUGUUUGGCAUGCAGGAGGCUGAUCAUUUCCUCCUAACUUUCACAACACUCUUCUUAAAAGGAAAACAGCACGGGGAGGGGAUGAGCAGGUACCCUUCAGGCUGCCUUGGCUGUGUGCCCUGUUGCAGGGACCAAGGAGUCCUGUGCCAUUCUGCACAUUUAAAAAGGUUACAGGGGUCCGAGUAAAAAUUCCUCACAGGGUUACAUCCCAGUUCCUGAUCCCCAGCUCCCCGUCCUUGAGCACAAACCACAUUUAAGAAGCUAUACAAGAGAUUUAGUGCUGGAGCACAAAACAGUCCUGUGGUUCCCCUCUUUUUCCAUGCGCAGUGAUCCACCAGGGCUGGCUCCCUGCAGCCCUGCAGUGAAGUCACUGAGCAGGGAAGGAGCAGCAUUCAGUGUGCCCAGCACUCAGCCCCCUGGUCACCUCCAGGCAGCUCUGAGGGAUGUCUCCUGGGGUCUUCUGGACCAGCAGCCUCCAUUCAGAGCUGCCCUGGACACCACUGGCAGUGCUGCCUGGGGCCAAGGCAGACGCAGCAGCCACCCUGACUGCAGCUAGCAGCUCUGGCACGUGGGCAGCUCUGAGGGUAGUGCCCAAGGAGAUGGCAUCCCAGCUUCUCCCUCCAGCACUGACUGGCCAUCAGAUUUGGGAUAAGCCACUGCCCUGGUUCCUGUUUAUCAGCAUGGCUCCUGCAGGAGAAGGUGGGUGCAUCGCUGCCGGGAGGGUCCCACAUCUCUCCAGGAGGCUACAGAAAUACCUGCUGGGUAUUUCUGCCCCCAGCAGCUGGCUCCUGCCCCGCAGCCUGGCCCACCGCAGGGCCCGGGGCGGAGAGACGAGCGUCUCCGUGUGUCUGUGGCCGUGUGUGUCCUGUCCUCCCUGUGUAGUGUAGGAGGCCUGUUGUCGCUGCGUGUUGUGACUCCUCUGACUGUAGUGGAAACAGCUACACCAAUAAACUCUUCACAGGAACCA